GUAAAACAGUGUAUUAAAAAUGGCCACACCAGUAUUCAAAUGAAGAAAGUGCAGAGGUCAAUAUUACACAAAACCAUCAGCAGCUACACUGAUGAAAACCUUUCUGAGCAGUCAGACAUGUCAUGCAGAAGCUUAUGUGCUGUAAAGCUAGUCUGUGUUCACUGCAUCACAGUACCUUUUCAGUGCCGAUUACCAACUUAUGCUUGCUUCUGAAAUGGUGGAAAUAUGGUCGUGUCUCAGCUCUGGCACACUGCAGUGUGGACGGUGGUAGACCCUAAAUUUUGCGACAGUAGCGUGCGUCUAUCAUGUAACUCAAUCCACCGUUACAUCUACAGAUUUAGCUGGACUUAACUGGCUGGACAGGGAAACCUGGAAAUAGCUUCUGUGUGUGUGUGUGUGAGCUUGUAUAAAAUUAGUAACACAGCUCAUCUCAGUAUCAAAACAGUGAUACUGUUGCAGUAGCAGAUAGUUUGUGGCCAUGUGCACAGACUGCUGUGACACGUCUCUCCUUUAUUUAACCUUUUUAGUGUCUCACUAAACUAUCAGAGAGAGACAGCUCGCCAAGAUGGCAUAAAUAAGAACAAUAAUUAAAACAAUACAAACAACAACUACAAGAAGGCUGUUUAAAUCCAGGUAACCAAUCCAGGUAAAGGAAAAGUUUGACAUUUGGGAAAUAUGCUUAUUCAGUCUUGAAUUUCUUGCCAUGAGUUAGAUGAGGAGAUAAGAACUUCUUUCAUAUCAGUCCUUAAAACAUAUUGCCCCUAUAACAUUCACAAGCAGUAUUACAGCUUGUAGAAAAACCCUUCGAUUUCUAACUGAAUAGUUCAUUGUACAGUAGAAACACACAUCCAGACACAGACAGUAGCACAAAGCCAUAUUGUUUACUUUCCACCGUCACAGUGGAAGUAAUAUUCUUCCAGCAGUUCCUUCGUUUAUUGUGACAUACUGUGAAACAGUCAGUUAUCAUUUCCUCCUCUUUCUAAUCAGGAUUUUGUGUUCCUAAAUAAAAAAGUGAAAAUCUGGUUUAAAAUCUGGUUUACAUUUUAUAUAAGAUGUUAACUGUUUGAGUGGCAGUAGAGGAUGCUGUGCUCACCUGGUAACUUUCACUUGACCUCUGCUGCUGUUAGCGACUGUUUACAUGUAAAAAAUCUGACUACAGUUAACUGAACUGGAUUGAUUAGAAUUAAGAUUUUGUUACCUCUUUUGUUCCUACACAUUUGGCGCAAGUUCUGUUUUUCUAACAAAAUUGUAUCUGCUUUGUAUCACCGUAUCUGCUUUAAGUUUUAAAUGUAGUAAUCUUCCUCUUGUGAUAUCAGUUCCCCAUUCAAAACUGUCCCUGUGGCCCCGGUUCCUAUUUCCCUUUUUUCUGCUGUGAAGCAGAAGCACAAACACACCGAGGGCUUUAUAAGACGAUCACUGCCACUUCAGUUUUUAGCAAUAACGGCAGCAGACACUUCAGCACCAUGAAUCCUACGGGUUCCGAGGGUUAUCCGGUUGAUGGAAGCGUGCUGAUCCGCCACCAGAACCAUGAAGGAAAGCAUCAGUAUGAAGUGGAGAAUGUGCUGGAGUACAAAACCACCAAAAUGUUUGUCAGGAAAGGAGACAAGCUGAUGCAGAUAAAUGGCACAGACCUGCAGGAUCUUACACCCAAGGAGGUGGCACAAAUAUUAGCUAAGCCUAGUCCAUGGCUGACGGUGCGCAAUGUGGAAAAGAUAGAGGAGCACAAAGAGCAGCCCUCCCCAACUGAGACAACUUUACAACCUGUCUCCAAGGAAUCCAUAAUGCUCAGUUUCAGCAUGAAGAUGAGGAGGGAGGAAGACCUGGUAGAGACUGAAGUGGAGCAGGAGGGAUUAGGGGAUUUUGAUUGCCAAACUGAAGAUGAGGAGAAUGGGGAAGGAAAGGGUCUGUUCAUCAUUGCCAUGAAGAAAACCAGCAUCACUUUGGUGAAAAGCAGGGGUAGCAGCUCUGGGAGCCAUGGGUCACGAUACACCUUAAAUGAUGUUGUAAUGGUGACAGAAUCCAGCACAGUGACACUUGUACCAAGGGGCUCCACUUUCAAACAGCCAAGACCAGUAGAGGCCUCAGUCGAACAUGUGGCUUCCCAACUAUAUCUCAGAGCUAUUUGUUCUCAGAAGACUGUUUAUCCUUCAACCAAUCCAGAGAGGAUGACCAUCUACCACUACAAGUCAAACAGUCUGAGCGGGUUGUUCAGAGGAAUGCCAGUAGUCCUAAACUUUACUGAGUCCAACUGCUUCCUCAGGUGCUGCAAAGAAGGCGAGAAUGUGCUGCUACGGGUGGAGACAUGUGAAAUGCACAGGCUGAAGCAGAUCUCCGAAGACGAUGAGAUCGCUCUCUCCUUCCUGUUCUACAUGAAGUCUAACAGGUCAAAACAGAUGAAGUUUGAGUCGGCACUGCACCGUGGCUGGUUCAUCCAGAUAACCAACACAGACGCACCAGUGGAAGUGGGCAACACGGAAAGGCAAGAUCAUUCAUUUUUCUUCAUCAUUCAGACAUGAUGUAGUCAUUUCCUCCAU